GCAUAUUUUCAUUCAGGUGCUGCUAUAAUGUAUCAAUAUCUUCUAUAGAGAUUCUCAGUUUAUAAUGUUUCUCUCUGUGAGUUUUUCUAUCCUCGGAGAAGAGUGCAUCCUUUAUUUGAAUUGUAAAUUUAACAGAAAAGUUAAUAUCUUUCUGACGAAGCAUCCAAAAAAUGCAUUAGACUAGGAAAAACUGUUGCACUGUGUUUGUCUGGUUGGCAUAUUGACAAUGGUUUUGCUUAUUCACAAAAAAAUUGGUAAGUGUCUUUCAGAUUUAUAUAUGCUUGUUGGCCAGACUGUUCUAGCACCUGAACCUCUAUGAUCAUAUUGUGAAACAACUGUACAAAUGAGAUGGAUAAGUGCCAUCACCUUAUCAUCUGUAAGAUUGCAAAUAAUAAUUAUUCCCUCUGCCCAUCUCUAUUCAAUGUUCCCAUUUCCAUUUUACACGGGGUUCAUAAAAAUAGAUCAUGUAUGCUAUUUAUUUAGAAAUUCAAUAAUCAACAUGGAUCCCAAAAUUCGUGAAAUUGUAUGAUUAGAUUCUCUCUUUUUUUUUGUACUUGAGCAAUCGCCUGCCCAAAUGAGGCCAUUGCAUGGUUUUUAAAUUGGCAAUAGACAUGGGCACCAUUCAGGUAUUGUUUUUUUACCAGAAAAAAAGUUUUUUCUCAGGGCGUUGAUUUUUUGUACGCAUGCCGAUUUUUCUACAGUAUUCAAUGUAGGCUCCUCUUGAUUCCAGGAAAAUUUUUCCUGUGUUUGGGAAAUGAUCCUUUGAAAAAAGGAAGCCAUUUUUAUGAAGGAGUUCUAGUUCUAGGUAUAUAUUUGUGGGUUAAACAUUUAUGUUGCACAUAGAACCAUAUUAUCUAGAGAAAGCAUUUUCCGUAUAAACUUAUUUUUUUGCUAAAAAUUGUGUUGAAAUCCAUAUGUUGAGCAAAGCAGAGUUGCAUGCAUAUUGGUUCUUAAGUGUGUCUUGUUUAAGUUGUAACAAAUGAGCUCUACUCCUAAUUUCCUAUUAAGUGUUUGCCUAUGCACUAAAAUAAAUUAAAUACGUAGGAAUGCGUGAUGCCUGUGCCACUUAAUUAGAAUGCAAUCUUGGCAAUGACAAAUUUUUAACCUUAUUUUCUUUGUGAUGAAUAUACAGGAAGGGAAAAACAAGAAAAUGAAAGCCUAUGAAGAGGAGAGGAAGUCUAGAGAGCGGAGAAGUCGAGAACCGGAAAGGGAAUCUAGUAGGGAUCGAGGUGAUAUCCGUGAAAGGGAUCAUCAUCGUGACCAUAGAAGCAAAGACCGAGGUGAUAGGUACAGUGACCGAGACCGAGACCGAGGGUACGAUAGAGAGAGGGAGCGCUCUCGUGGCUAUGAUUCUAGGGCUCGCCGCCGGUCACGUUCUCGAUCGAGAGAACGUUCCCGCGAUUACGAUCGCCACAGGCGUCAUGAUCGCUACUAGGCCAAAUACUACUGCCAUAUUUGUUCGGUCGCUAUUUGCACGCUUGCGAUCAACUAGCAUUUCAUUAAUAUGACCUUUGGUUUUUUUUUUGUAUUGAAUUAUCAGCUUUAAUAUGUGAAAUGCCCGGGAAGCACUUUGGCGUAGUAAUCAGAGUUUUUCUUAGAGGUUUGAUUAACUUUGUGAACAUCAAAGUACUGUCUCUAGGUGUUAUGUUGAUUUUGUACUCUUUAUUUCUCAAUGAAAACAUGUUCAGCAUAUUGGGAAAACAUCUUCGACUGUUCAAAAAAUGUUGCAAGGAUAAUGAAAAUGAUUAGUACAAAUUAAUUAAAUUUAUGUUAUGGAA